CAUUAUGCUAGCAGUGUCCAAGCGUUCUUUUUUUCUUCCUUUCAUCUUCCCCUGCACUUCAGUAUUAAUAUAAAAAAACAAAGCAAAAAAAAUUGACCUUGCAGUGUUGACACACGUGUCCAUACAAACACUGUAAGGUGUGAUGGGAAAAAAAUAAUUUAAUAAAGAAACAAUUAGUAAACUAUAUUUAAAGUAAAGUGAAGCGACUAAUGGUGAGGUGUGGAGAUUCCCAUGUGAAGUUUUAAUGAGGUCAGAGUUUAGUGUGUACAGUAACCUCUGUGAGCAGACUGCAGUAAACACAUGAACUCAGUUCUCACUCAGUUUAACAAGUAGAAACAUAGAUCACUGUAUUCAGAGCAUCUCUCAUCAGUGAAUUACAAGCUAAUAAUGAAAAAGUAAGAACAAGAGAAGAAAAACCAUUUGUGUGUUUAGGAAUGUGUUAUGAUUUAUGAAAGAAGAUGACAGACGUCAGAGGGAGGGAAACUUGAGCUUUAUUAGCUGGAAGUCAAAAAUCAAAAUCAGACUGUUUUUCCAGCUCCACUUAUGACCAAAGAGUCAUUCAAGAUGAUAUGGAUAUGAAAUGGAUGAUAAGAAAAUUGAAUGAAAUAUCCAUGAUGAUAUAUUAUUGGAGCUUAAGAUGAGUGUCAGACAUUAUUACUAGUUCAGGGAAAAAUUCGCAAAAAUAUUCAUAGUUUCUUCACUUCCAACAACAGUUUUGUUUGUAAGAAUGUGUGUGUAAGAAUGGUUUCCUGUCUGAGAGGUACUGUGUAUAAAGGUCCAGCAGGUGGCAGCAGAGCAGUUUCAGUUUGUCCAAGAGCGCCUGAUGUUUUUUUUCUGAACGUUAACAUCAUAGGAGAAAAAGAAAAUAUUAUAUUUUUGGUAAAUUUCCAGUGUGAGGGGUGGAGGCUGCCUGCUUUCCUUGGAUUUUAUAGGACGAGGAACAGGACUGUAAGAUGCUGCUGCCUCCACUAUGCUUCAGGCCUGAAAUGCAGACUUACAGAAAGUGUCCUUAAAGGGAUCAAAACAUCUGUCAUUACUUUCUAUGUGACAGCAGGACAGCACUGAUCCAUCAGGGCUCACUCACUGAACCAUGUUCAGUGAGUUACAAAAUGAUACAAACACACAUUUCAGUUGUGAUGAUUUAAAUGAUUUAACCAAUGCAGUGAGGCCCUUUAAUUACUCGUUUUUUUAAGAUUCACUGCCAUAAUUUGUCUGAUCUCUAUGUGCAAACUUAAUUUAUAAUCCCAUGUUUAUAUAAAGCCUCCAUGACUCUUAAAAAUAAUAUAAAAUAAUCUUCAAAUCCAAAUUGCUGAAAAACCUUGAAUGACACAAUUACUCAUAUCCAACCAAAUGACUGUUAUUAAAUACGUUUCUGCCAUAAAUCCAGAUUAUUCCUCAUUCAUUCAAUAUAAUAUAAUAAGAGUUCUAAGCUAUUCAAAAGACAGGUGCAAAUAUUUUGGUGUCACUAUUUAAAGACUGGCUGCUCUCUAGUUUUCUUAAUUUAUGCGUCUUUGGUUUGCAGCCAUUGGAGGGCUCCGGUCCAGCCCAUCAACUGUCUCUCUCUGACUGUGUGGAGUUACAGAGCUGUUCUCUCACUCAGGGACUUUCAGCUUCAUCUGAACCUCAAAGUUCAUCGCAUAUAGUCUCGUCUGAAGCUCAGAUUCUGAUUUUAAUACAGAAGCACAGAAAUGUCUGCUGGAACUGCGUCACUCUGCUAUUAUUUCCAAUUUUUCAGCGUCUUUGUGUUUGUCUCAGCAGACCAGAAAAACAUCACAGCUGAGUCUGGACAGGACGUCACUCUGACAUGUCGAGCGCCAAACAACAACACCAAAUUUGUACAUUGGAGCAAAGGUCACUUGACAUCAGGCUAUGUCUACUUGUACCAGGAGGGGCAAUUUGUUCCACAAGGUCAGCAUCCAUCUUUUAAGAACCGGGUGGAUCUGCAGGACAGACAGAUGAAGGAUGGAGACGUGUCUUUGAUUCUGAAGGAUGUGACGAUUAAUGACACUGGAACAUACGAGUGUCGUGUGUUCAUGAAAGAAACACGCUCUCAGGAGCUCAUAAUCAUCAUCCACCUUCAUGUUGAUUCUCCAGGUCAGCCAGGAGGAGACAAACAGGAUGGAGGGAAGGAUGAAGAAGUGAAAAAGGAAGAAGGGAAGAAGGAUGAGGGAAAGAAGGAAGAAGGGAAUAACAAAGAAGGGAAGAAGGAAGAAGUGAAAAAGGAAGAAGGGAAGAAUGAUGAAAGGAAGAAACCUGAAGUUAAAACAGAAAAUGGCAGGAAGGGGGAACAAUGUGUGGAGUACUUUCUGUCCGGUAGUCCACGGUUUGAAUUCCUCGGGUGGGAGUUGUCGUGCGUCUAUCUUUUCUGUCUGCCUCAUGGUUCAGCUGUUGUUGGCGUCAGCUGGGGUCCUGUAAGGGUGAGCGUCAUAGUCAAG